AUGAAGCCUCAGACUGCUGCUUUCCUUCUCAGCCUUCUCGGUUCUACCCUGGCAGCCCCCAUUCAGCACGCCAAUAAAGGUUCCGAUGUGAAGCCCACUGCUACCGGACAGCACGCUCCUGGCGGAUUCCUCACUGGCUUCCCCUCCGGUAUCCCCUCUGGCAUGCCGUCCGGUUUCCCCGGUGGUCCCAUGAUGUCUGGAGGAUUCGGCGGUGAAGGCCAGAAAGGCGGCUCGUUCCCCACCGGUGCCAUUCCAUCCAGCGCUGUUCCUACUGGCGCUGCUCCCUCCGGCUUCCCUUCCUUCGGUAAUGGUCCCGUUCCCUCUGGCGCUCCCCAGGGUGAGGGAGACAGCAGCUCCUUCGGCGGCCAAGGUGUUCACGCCCGCUCUCCCCAGGACUCGGGCGCCGCUCCUUCUGGUGCUAUUCUAUCUGGGACCAUGCCCACCGGCGCUGCUGCCUCGGGCUCUGCCGGUGGCUUUGGCAGUUUCGGCCAGGGCGGCCAGGGCGGCCCAGGAGGCCCAGGCGAGGAAGGCUCUGGUCCUUCUCCUACCGGCGCUGUUCCUUCUGGUGCCAUUCCCUCCGGGGCCGCUCCCUCUGGGGCAGUCGGAGGCUUUGGUGGUUUCGGACAGGCAUUCCAGAACUCAGGAAACGCCCAGUUCCAAUCCUCUGGCACCUCGCCUUUUGGUGCGUCCCAUUCUGGAUCGGCAAGCGGUCGUCAUGGUGGCCACCACGGUCAUGGCAAGGGUUCUGGCGCAUCUCAUUCCGGUUCUGUUCCUUCCGGCGCUGCUCCUUCUGGUGCCGCUCCCUCUGGGGCAGCGGGAGGUUUCGGCGGCUUUGGACAAGGUGGCCAGGGCUCCGGUCCAUCUCCUACUGGCACUGUCCCUUCGGGUGCUGUCCCCUCUGGCGCUGCCGGGUUCGGCGGUCAGGGUCAGGGUCAAGGCCAGGGUUCAUUCCCCACCGGCGUCGCUCCAUCUGGCGUUCCCACUGCUCAGCCUACUGCUUGA